AUGCUUUUGUCGGAAGUCCGAAUAUCUAGAGCAGUCUUGGUCAUGGCAUUCGAUGCCGACCACCGCCCAGUUCUCAGCUUGAUGGAAGCUGCAGAGAAAACGCUCCCAGUUUUAGCACCAAAGAAAAGGUUCUCCUUUUGGUCUGCGGAGACAAGCAGCGCUUACAAUUCUUCAUGUGUAGCACGUAAUACUGGUAACUUCAGUGAGGAGAAGCGUCUAAGAAGGAAAUUGCGUCGUCAGCUGAAACGUGAUCAUGAGAGCGAAUGGACGUCAAGGACAAAGGAGUUUGAAAAGGCGUGGAAGGACAAGAACCAGUGGAAGGUUAAUGCUUUGCUAGAAAACUAUAGCGGCUUGAUGAAGAAGUGUUGA